UACCCCUUAAUUCAACUGCUCUCCAUAAAUCAACAUACAAUCAUCUCAUCUCUUCUCUCUCUCGCUCUCUAAUUCUUGCUCUCGCAUUUCGUCAUUUUAAUUACUCGUUUGAAUUGUUUGUUUAGUUCAAUUUAAUUCAAUCUUCAGUUGUUUCUUUGACCUGAUUCUUUAUUUUGCAGGGAGCUUUAUUUUCACUCUCCGUCGAACACACACAAUCACACAGUAGCAUAUAUCUCAUACGUAUAUUACUUUAUCUUUGCUUGUGUUUGUGUUGUUCUCUUUUUUGCUAACGUGAUGGAAACAGGAAUUAUAAACUCAUCUGCAUCUUCGAACAAGACCCAGUCCCGAUGUCCACUUCAAGAACAGCUUCUGCAAAGAAGGAAUUCACGGGAAAACUUGGAUCGAUUCAUACCUAACAGAUCAGCAAUGGACUUCGACUACGCACAUUACAUGCUUACAGAAGGUAAGAAAGGUAAGGAAAAUCCAGCUGUGAGCUCUUCUCCAUCCAGGGAUGCGUACAGGAAGCAGCUUGCCGAGACCUUCAACAUGAACAGGACUCGAAUUCUAGCUUUCAAGAAUAAGCCACCAACCCCCAUGGAGUCUAUUCCUAAUGAAUUCUCAUUGGCUGCUCACCAAGUCAAACCAGCCAAACCGCGUCGACACAUUCCCCAGACUUCAGAGAGGACAUUAGAUGCCCCGGACCUUAUGGAUGACUACUAUUUGAAUUUACUAGAUUGGGGCAGUAGCAAUGUACUUUCAAUUGCCCUUGGAAACACAGUAUAUCUGUGGGAUGCUUCUGACGGGACUACCUCAGAACUUGUUACUAUUGAUGAAGAAAUUGGUCCAGUAACCAGUGUGAAAUGGGCUCCUGAUGGAAGGCAUAUUGCUGUUGGUCUGAACAACUCUGAGGUCCAGCUAUGGGACACCACAGCUAAUAGACUGCUGAGGACUUUGAGAGGUGGCCACACAUCACGAGUUAGUGCUCUGGACUGGAACAAUCACAUUUUGACUACAGGAGGAAUGGAUGGUCAGAUCAUUAACAAUGAUGUUAGAGUGAGGGCGCACAUUGUUGAAACUUAUCGAGGUCAUCAACAAGAAGUCUGUGGACUUAAAUGGGCAGCCUCGGGCCAGCAGUUGGCCAGUGGUGGAAAUGAUAAUCUCCUUCACAUAUGGGACAGAUCCAUGGCUUCAUCAAAUGCCCCGACGCAGUGGCUUCACAGGCUUGAGGACCAUACGGCUGCUGUUAAAGCACUUGCAUGGUGUCCCUUCCAGGGCAACUUAUUGGCCUCUGGUGGAGGUGGCGGAGACAGGUGCAUAAAGUUCUGGAACACACACACCGGUGCGUGCUUGAACUCAGUAGACACUGGCUCUCAGGUGUGUGCUCUUCUUUGGAACAAAAAUGAGCGUGAGCUGCUCAGCUCCCACGGUUUUACUCAGAAUCAGCUCACUCUCUGGAAGUACCCUUCAAUGGUAAAGAUAGCAGAACUCACUGGUCAUACAUCUAGAGUUCUUUUUAUGGCUCAGAGUCCAGAUGGAUGCACGGUUGCAUCUGCAGCUGGGGAUGAAACUCUUCGAUUCUGGAAUGUUUUUGGGACACCUGAAGUGGCUAAGCCUGCGCCAAAAAUGAGCGCAGAGCCAUUUGCUCAUUUGAAUCGCAUUAGAUAAGUGGCAAUGGAUUGGUGUGUAUAUUCCAAAGUGAGAAGGACCUCGGGGACUGCUUGCCAUGCAUCGAUAACUGUCUAUUCCUCAAGCAAUCAAGGAAGUUGUCCGGAAGAAGGAUAGCCGAACACCACCAACGCUAUAUGAUUACUAUUUUCAGUUUGUCCUCUUCAUGUAAAGUUGGACAUCUUCUUAAAUUGCUUCUGGAUAGACGAUAUUUACACUGUAAAUUUGUACGACCAAACCAUUGUUUGUCGACAGGUUACUUUGCAAUUAAUAUUGCUGCCAAGUCACCUAUGGUGAUACCUUAAAAUCAUAUCAAUUUUGCUUCCUGCUGUGCGGCCUAGCACAGUUUGCCUUGUCAGAAGAUAUUUCCGAACUGUGGAAUUUUGCAAACAGGGGUUUUAUCUCCUUCAAUAAAAGAAAGUCUACCAAA